AUGGCCCCCUAUCCGGUCCCGGAGAAUGAGCCCAUCGCGGUUGUAGGCAGCGGCUGUCGCUUUGCGGGAGACGCCACCUCGCCGAGCAAGCUAUGGAAGGUCCUCCGCGAGGCCCCUGACCUCUCGCGGGAGGUUCCACCCGAGAGAUUUAACGCUGCCGCCUUCUACCACAAGGAUGGCGAGUACCAUGGGACGACUAAUUCGAUCAAGGCCUAUUGGCUAGACCAGGACCACCGGGUCUUCGACGCCCGCAUGUUUCACAUCACACCCAAGGAGGCAGAGGCCAUCGACCCUCAGCAGAGGCUGCUGCUCGAGGUCGUCUACGAGGCCAUGGAGUCCGCCGGGUAUAAGCUCUCCGACGUCAGCGGGAGCGAUACCGCUGUCUUCGCAGGCGUCAUGACUGCCGACUACGACACCCUCUCGCAGCGCGACGAGCUCUCAACGAGCCAGUACUACGCCACCGGAAACGCGCGCUCCAUCAUCUCCAACCGCGUCUCGUACUUCUUCAACUUCCAGGGCCCGUCCAUGACCAUCGACACGGCCUGCAGCUCCAGUCUUGUUGCCCUUCAUCAGGCCGUCACGAGUCUCCGUGCGGGCGAAAGCUCUUUGGCUUGUGUGACCGGAGUGAAUCUGAUGAUUACGCCAGAGCAGUUCAUUGUCGAGUCCAGCCUGCACAUGCUGAGCCCGUCCGGGCGGAGCCAGAUGUGGGAUGCCUCGGCCGAUGGCUACGCCCGCGGGGAAGGAAUCGCAGCUCUCUUCAUAAAACCCCUUUCCAAGGCCCUUCAGGACGGCGAUCGCAUCGAGUGUAUUCUUCGCGAGACCGGUGUGAACUCGGACGGACGGACUCAAGGAAUCACGAUGCCCAACCCUAGCGCCCAGAGUAUGCUCAUCGUGGACACUUACAGGAAGUCCGGCCUAGUUUCGACCUUGCCGGAGCACCACUGUCAGUAUUUUGAGGCUCACGGUACCGGCACCCCUGCAGGUGACCCCCGCGAGGCCCAGGCAAUUCACAAGUCCUUCUUCGGAAACGACGAGAGUCUAUACAAGAACGCAGACGGUUCACAGAAACGUAUCCUUGUCGGCUCCAUCAAGACCGUCCUUGGCCAUACCGAAGGUGCGGCUGGCUUAGCCGGGUUGUUGAAGGUGAUCCAGUCCAUGAAGCACAACCUCAUUCCUCCCAACCUUCACCUCAAAAAGCUCAACCCCGCCGUCGAGCCCUUCUGCAGCAAUCUAGAGGUUCCGACCACUCUGGUCCCGUGGCCGAAGCCCCCUGCCGGCCAGCCAAAGCGAGCGAGUGUCAAUUCCUUCGGUUUCGGAGGCGCCAACGCCCAUGUCAUUGUCGAGUCCUACGAGCCGGAAAUCCACGGAUAUUCCGGUGCUUUGCACGCGUUGCCCCUCCCGUCUAAGCUAGCAGGGCAAGCGUCCUGCGCGGUUCCGCUGCUCAUCUCUGCCGGAUCACCAAAGUCACUCCGGGAUAUGGUCCAAGCUUAUAGGGAUUUCCUCCAGGAGAACCCAGGAGUGACGGUUGGGCAGUUGUCUUGGGCUCUGUAUAAGUUCCGCACUGCUCAUCCGUACCGGUUUGCCAUACCUACGACUUCUCGAAUCGAGGCCAUCAAUUCCUUCAACAAAGUUCUCGCAACACCUGACGGCAAAGAUCUCAAGUCUCAAUCGAAAACCGUAAAAGAGGGCCUGAAGAUCCUCGGAAUUUUCACUGGUCAAGGUGCGCAAUGGGCAACCAUGUCUAGAGCGCUAUUCUUGACGAACGACGUGUACCGGAACCUGAUCCGAAAUCUCGACGUAGUCCUGAAGUCUCUCCCUGAUCCCCCCAGCUGGUCCCUGCAACAGCAAAUCUUGGCCGACGCGGCAGACUCUAAGGUGAACAUCGCCUCGGUGUCCCAGCCUUUAUCCACCGCAGUCCAGGUGGCGCUGGUUGAUCUUAUCAGAAGCCUCGGAAUAGGUUUUCACACCGUUGUUGGACAUUCUUCCGGAGAGAUUGCCGCUGCAUAUGCAGCUGGGAAGAUCAACGCGAGAGAGGCGAUCACGAUCGCAUACCACCGAGGUUACUGGACGGGUCUCGCAGCGAACUCUGGAGGCCGAAAGGGCGGAAUGCUUGCCGCUGGGCUUACAGAAGCAGAGGCGCUUCAGUUUUGCUCCCGGCAGGAAUUCAUCGACAAAGUCCACCUAGCGGCUAGCAAUGCUCCGUCUAGCGUCACUCUUUCAGGCGACUUGGAGGCGAUCAACGCAGCUCACGACCAGUUAACUAAAGAAGGGAAAUUCUCGCGAAUGCUCCGUGUCGACGCGGCAUAUCACUCGCCGUACAUGGCAGAACCUGCGGUCAAAUAUGUCGAGGUCCUCAACCAGAGCGAUAUCGAGCCAGACUUCGCCGGAAACGGCACAGUCUGGGUAUCCAGCGUCUACGGUCGUACUAUCAGCGAGGCUGAGGAUCUCAAGGCUGAGUAUUGGCGAGACAACAUGCUAAGAAUGGUUCGAUUCUCCGACGCCGUCUCCGCCGCGCUUUCGGAGCACGGCCCCUUCGACGGAGCCUUGGAAAUCGGACCGCAUGCAACCUUCAAGGGACCCUUCUCGCAGAUCUGUAAGAGCCUCGGACACGACGUCCCCUACAUGGGCACACUGUCCCGGGGUAAAGACGACACCGAAGCAUUCUCAGACUUCAUCGGGCAAUUCUGGUCUCAGUUUGGGCCGCACACCUUUGACCUGGCUCCGUAUUUCGAGCACUCCCCAGACCCCAGUGUUCUCAAUACCCGCCUAGCUAAUCUUCCCACGUACUCUUGGGACCACAGCCAGAUUCAUUACCGGGAGUCUCGAGUUUCGCGACAAUACCACUUCAAGGAUUCUACCCCCCAUGAGCUCCUCGGCGUCCGAACCAGAGACGACAAUGACAAAGAAUGGAGAUGGCGAAAUUUGCUCAGGGGCGAGAGGCUUCCUUGGGCUAGCGGCCAUGCCUUCCAGGGCCAGGCUCUUUUGCCCGCUUCCGCUUAUUGUAUCAUGGCGCUCGAUGCGGCGCGAGCUUUCCUCAAAGGCAGGCCGGCAUCCAUGGUCGAGUUGCGGGACAUGCAGAUCUUUACCGGCAUCAGCAUCGACAACGAUUCCACGGGAAUAGAGGUCUUGUUUUCGCUUGUCGUCGACCCGCCCAAGACGGGGCGCCGUGCCGGUUCCGUCCUAGAAGCGACUUUCAGCCUGACGUCGUGUCCCGCCAAUGGUACGACAGAUAUGAGACUGAACAUGACCGGCGCUAUGAAGAUCUAUCUAGGAGAGCCUAGUUCGGACAUCUUGCCAUCGAGAUUGCCUUCGGCGGAGGAUUCGGGUUUCCAGGUGAACCCAGAGUCAUUCUACGAUAUGAUGGACCAGACCAGUCUAGUGUAUGGCGGACCAUUCAAAGGGAUCAAGACAAUCCGGCGACGAUAUAACUACUGCACUGCGGCGGUUGAUCGCGUGCACGCCGAGGACACGACAUCACUCGAUAUAAGUCCGGCAACCCUUGACAGUUGCUUCCAAUCUGCGUUCCUGACAUAUUCAUCCCCCGGUGACAAGUCUCUGUGGACAUCUUUCCUCCCCACGAGCAUCGAUCUCGUUCGGUUCAAUCUCGCAACGCACGAUAGGCGGGAUGAUACCCUGACAGUGGACACGCAUCUGACAAGAAUUGACGAAUCGACCUACGACUCGAAAGCCAGGUUCACCGUUGAAAUCGGCAUUUUCAACGACAACAAUGAGAUGGAGAUUCAAGUCGACGGUCUAUGUGUCCAGGCUAUCGCCCACAUUCAGCCCAAGGACGACCUCGAAUUGUACCUUCACACCGUCAUGGAUCUGGACCCGACGGACGAGAUUGUGGCAGACGAUACCGCAAGAGAUGCUGCUCCGGACCCAACCCUGGUGGAGGCCUGCGCGCGAGUUGCCAUAUGCCUCGCCAAAACUAACCCCAAGGCCGAAUUGUCCCGUCCCGACCUCGAGAGUCUCUGCGACAAGCUUGCCUCGACUUUCCCAGACGUGUUGCGCACGGUGGGCCCGGAUUCGUGGCCGCUCGACACCGAGGAGACGAUCGAAAAAUUCAUUGAGGACUCCGAAUACCACGAAUGGCUGGCCCUGCUCCGUGACAUGGCGGACGGCCAGGGAGAACUGGCUGACAUUAUCCCGCGCCUCGUCCAGGGGACGGAUUGCCUAACCCGGUUCAACAAACACGUCAGCCGAAUUGUGAAGCAAAUCGUUCAUCGCUUCCCCCGAAUGAACAUACUGAGCUUGGCGGAGCCAGAAGGCGACCUCGUUUCGAACGUCCUGUCUGCCGUGGGACCAUCCUUCUUCAGAUUCGUGAUCGGCACGGAAACAGCACGAGACCCUACCAAGGGCGCCAAGAUUGCGGAAUCGGCAGCGAAGAAAAUUGUCUCUUCACCUCUGGAUCUCACGAAGGACCUGGCCGGCCAGCUUAAGUCAGACAGCCCGUACGACCUCGUCUUGGUCUCGGUAUCACAGCUCGAGGCCAAUGAGGAGCUGAAUAUACUGAAGAAUAUCCGGUCCAUUAUGAGAUCAGGCGGUUACCUAGUGCUGGUGAACCUCUCCAAGAUAUCCCUGAGGUCUCAACUCCUCGAAACCGGCCAGGACACAGCGAUGGGCUCGAUGACGCCCCCUGAGUGGCCUGACCUGCUCGAUGCUUAUGAAUUCAUUGAGCUGGCCAGGAACUCCAACCAGUCCUACUAUCCUGGGUAUACCGUCAUGGUGAGACAGCUGGGAAAUCCCGUCCUCCAGCUCGUCAAGCAGCCGUCUGUAAUUGCCAGUGGCACCAUCACAGACCAUUUGCUCAUCCUGGGUGGAACGGCGUGGAACAGCAAGGUAGUCGACGAGUUGCAUGGACGUCUUGCGCAUCUGUGCGGCCAGAUCUCUGUUCAGGACUCCCUAGAAACCAUCAGCGCAGAGGUUCUCGGCAGCUGCACCGCCGCCAUCAUCUUGCAGGAUCUGGACGGGUCGAUAAUGGCAAACCUGACCGCUCAGGACCUGGAUAAUCUACGCGAGCUACUACGACCCGAGAUGAAAGUUCUCUGGCUCACGUUGAACUCGAGGACCACGUCGCCAUUCCACGCAGCAACCUUCGGGUUCACGAGAACGGUCCAGGCCGAAGUUCCCCGUUUUACGCUACAGGUACUAGAUCUGGACACCAUCGAGGACGCGAGGGUCAUUUCCGAUGCCUUUAUCCGGCUCCUGGGCACUGCUGAAGUUGACGCGGAGAAUCUGUGGUCCGACGAAAAGGAGAUUCACGUGGAAAACGGACGAAUGCUCGUUCCCCGUGUCCUGCCCCUGAAGCAGGGAAUCGACCGAUUGAACGCGCUGCGGAGAUUUGUAGGAGAGCAAGUCAAUACCCUCAAGGAGACCGUCAAAGUUGUGCAGCAGCAAAGUCCGACCGGCAUGUCGUAUGUGGCCAUCAACGACCACGAAAGCGUACCGGAGGCUCUACAGCACAAGGUCCGGGUGGACUAUAGCUCGGUCGACAGCCUCAAAUUCGGCGGCGACGCCUCAGCCUACCUAUGCGUCGGCCACGACAUAACUACCGACGAGCCCGUGAUCGGGCUCUCAAAGAGCAACGGUUCAUUCGUCUGGAUUUCCACACGACACCUGUCCAGCCUCCCGUUGGGUAGCAGAUCCAGAAUACCUCUUAUCCAUCAUGCUCAGAGAUAUGUGAUAGCCGCCACUAUCAAGUUGAUGGCUCGCAACAAACGCGUGGUCAUGAUCGGAUCAGACCCCGAUCUUGAUAGAUGCUUGUCAGAAGUCGGCCUGAGCUUCAUCUCGUACUCGACCAACCCGAACACUGCUCAGCGGUAUCUGCACCCACGCGCCUCAGAUCAGCAGGUCAAGGAUAUCUUCCCGCUAGCAGGCGCGCUCGUUUUCAAUAUCCUAGGGGAUGCGCAUGCUGACUUAUCCGAGCACAUCGAUGACAUGGUCCCAGCUAACUGCUCGUACUACUCCCGCGCUGUGCUGUUCGGAGGCGCCACUGAUACAACCGCCUUUUUCUCACCAGACCUGCCCGAAGUUGACGAAGUCUGGAACGAUGUCGUUCUCAGGGCUGCGAAUCAGAGCGAAUCGAGCAAUGUCUCCCCCAGAGACAGUAGCGUUGUUUCCCUUCCGCAGCUGCAGGCGAGCACCAACCCGGUCUGGUCACCAUUCCAGAUCAUCGACUGGAGAGCUGAUCGUAGCGUCACGGCCAUGGUAAAGCACAUUGCGAACGAAAAUCUCUUCCGCCCGGACCGGACCUAUGUCAUGAUCGGCAUGACGCGCGACUUCGGCCAGAGCCUGUGCUACCUGUUCGUCAAGUACGGCGCCCGAAACAUCGUCAUGGCCAGCCGUUCCGGAAGCGGCAGUACAGACUGGGCCGUAGACCUAGCUCGAACCCACGAAGCCAAGGUCCAGAUCCGGAAGGUCGACGUGACCAGUCUCGAUAGCGUGCUAGCCUUCAAGGAGGGCCUAUCCAAGGAUAUGCCCGAAGUGGCCGGCGUCAUCAACGGCGCCAUGGUCCUGGACGAUCGCGUAUUUGCUCAGAUGGAUAUCGAAACAUGGCGCCGCGUGAUGCUCCCGAAGACGGUCGGAUCUCUCAACCUCCACACAGCUUUCCACGACACAGACCUCGACUUCUUCAUCAUGACGUCGUCCUUCGCCGCCAUCGGCGGCCAUCCGGGCCAGUCCAACUACGCCGCGGCAAACAUGUACAUGAACGGGCUGGCGGCUCUCCGUCGCGGCGAGGGCCGCAACGGCUCAGUUCUGAACAUCGGCGUCAUCUACGGCCUCGGCUUCCUCCAGCGUGAGAAGGAAGAGUUGUACGCCGGCCUCGAGCGCGAAGGGUAUCCGCCAAUCUCCGAGCGCGACCUCCACCACAUGUUCCUCGAGGCCAUCCUAGCGGGUCGCAGCGACCACGCGCUCCCGCCGAAGCCCUACGACAUCACCACCGGCCUGAGCCGGUACGAUCCCACCAGCGCCAACCUGCUCCAUUGGCAGCGGGACGCGCGCUUCAGCCACUACACGCUUCAGAAGACGGGCGAGCACGGGCCCGCGAAAAAUGGAUCGGUGGACGUGCUCAAGAAAUUGGCUGACGAUAUCGCCGCCAUGACAGAGGUAGACGAGAUCGCAGCCGCUAUCGAGGAGCAGUUGCUCGCUCGCCUCGAACUGACUAUGCAGCUUCCCAAGGGGUCCAUCAGCCCGAUCCAGAACAUGACCGACCUCGGCAUCGACUCGCUCACGGCGGUCGAGAUCCGCGGCUGGUUCUACCGCGCCGUCGGCAAGGACAUCUCCGUCAUCAAGCUCCUCAGCGGCAUCAGCAUCCAUAAACUGUGCGAAGAGGUAGCCCGACAGAUCGUCACCGAUCGAGCCCAAUAGACGGGCAUCAGAGACCCGUGACGGGCGGGGAGAGGGUACUGAGAGGAGACCUGGCACACAGCUAGACGGUCAUCUUCAUCUGGGUGGUCGAUGUGUUGGGAAUCGGUGAGGAGUGAAGGAAAUCGGUGAGGAGUGAAGGGAAAACGGUGAGGACCGAGGGGAAAACGGUGUGUAGGGGAGAGAAUAUCUCCCCCCCCCCCCCCCCCCGG